CCCCAGACGAAAAAUUACAGCCUCACACACUUCCUCCCUCUACAUAUAUUUCAUCUCCACUUUCCUCUCCAUUCCAAAACGCAACCCUCCCCGUAUCGUUCACCUGAGCCGCUGCUACCACUGCAUCAUUAUCACAGCGUUCAUCUGCUUUUAUGGAUCUGCACUUCCAACAAAAUAUUCAAGUCGGAGCAAAAGCAAAAUACAAAUAAGAAAGAAAACUGGAAAAAUCCCUGAAACAGUGCCUCAAAAAUUAAUACACAAGUUAUAAAGACUAGAGAACACUUCCAGGGAAAGAGCAAAAUAGUCAAGACCACUAGUAACAUUCAAGACCCUUCUCCAGUAGCACUAUAAACAAAAUCCUUCAUGCCACCCACCCACAACAGAAGCCUCGAAACAAGCAAGGAUUGAAUUAGCUGGCAAAAGCAAACCAAUCCUGUACUGCAAUAUAUAUGCACAACAUAUAGUAGCACUAAUGGCAGCUUUUCUGGAAGUGGCUGAAUAAAUUUGGUUUAGACCAGCUUUGUUGCAGUUAGUGAGAAAAUGGAGUAUGAGUUCAUGAGAAAGAUUAGUCAAAUGUCAUACUCAAGAAGAUCAAGGUAUUCUCUUUCUCCUUCUCCAGACAGGAGAUACAGGUCUGUGUCCAGGUCUCUUUCAAGGUCCCAAUCCCGAAGCCGUUCAAGGAGUUUUUCUCCCGACGUGGAAAAUCCAGGAAACAAUUUGUAUGUGACAGGAUUGUCUCCUAGGAUCACCAAGAGAGAAUUGGAGAAGCAUUUUGCUACUGAAGGAAAAGUGAUAGAUGUUCAUCUGGUAGUCGAUCCAUGGACAAGGGAAUCCCGUGGGUUUGGAUUCGUGACAAUGGAUACUCUUGAAGAUGCUAAUCGGUGUGUUAAGUACCUGAAUCGCUCUGUACUUGAAGGGCGUGUUAUCACGGUUGAGAAGGCUAGAAGACGACGUGGUCGAACCCCCACUCCUGGGAGGUACCUAGGGUUGAGGACUGUUCGAGCACGCCGGCGCUCUCCAAGUUACUCUCCUCGCCGCCGCUCUCCAACCUAUUCUCCUUACAGAAGAAGCUAUAGUCGUUCUCCCUAUUCUUCAGACCGCAGCAGGAGUCGAUCUCGAUCUUACUCCCCUGACUAUCGGAGAAGGAGGUCCUACUCUCCAUACUACAGCCGGCGAAGGAGGUCUUACUCUCCACACUACAGCAGGCGCCGCCGGUCAUAUUCCCGGUCUCGCUCUCCUUACGACGGCUCACCUGUCAGCAUCCGUGACAGAUCAUACUCUCCUUAUGACUCCAGAUAUGAUUCCCCGGACGAUCGCUCCUACAGAAGGCCCCGUCACAGGUCACUCUCUCGAAGUGUGUCGCCCCCGCCAAGGAGAAGGUCAAGGAGGAGCUACUCACGAAGUGUCUCUCCUGUUCGGAGGAGGAGGUACUCACCAAGUGUGUCUCCCAGUCCAAGGAGGAGAUCGGGGAGGAGUUAUUCAAGAAGCUCUAGAAAGAGUGGUGGUUAUUAUUCCAAACGCAAGUAUUCGCGAUCAAGGAGCCCAAGUGUGAGUGCAAGUUCAAGAUCAAUAUCGAGGUCUGAUACUCCCGGAUCCACUCCUUGAACUUGAUAUUUGUAGCUCGUUGAUUGCCUUAUGCAUCUUAGGUUUAUUGGUGUAUUGGUGCGGAGAACUAUGUAGAGUUAUAGAAUGGAGGUUAUCAUGGUUAGUUUCGUAGAAUGGAGGUUAUCAUGGUUAGUUUCGUUCAGGGCUUGACUCGAGACACAUAAUGCUUUUAUUAUAUGAUGGGUACUGAAAUUGCGUUAGCGAUCA